UUUACUGAUUAGACAGGUUAGAGAAAAUUGUCUUGGGCGUCUCUGAACUCGACAUCCUCUUUAAAGGGUCGUUGCCCCGAACUAAACGACUGAAAUAACAAAACUACUCUAAAACGUAGAAUGAGCAUUCGUGACCUCAACUAUUUACUAUUUAUUAUGUAAUAUCAAAAUUACAGUUUGUGAUCCGUGGCUUCCUUAUCUCAGCUCCCUUUACAUGCUGGUUAUAGUUUGUGUGUACAUUGUUUAGUUUUAGUUAUAUUGUCUAUGUAAUUUUAUAUAUCUGUUUAUUCAUGUCUGUUUAUAAGACAAGAGCUAUUUUUUCUCUGAACAUCAUGCUGAGAGCUACCAUAGGACACAAAUUGUAAAUUAAAUUCUGUUUACCUAUUUUAUAUGCAAAUACACGUUAAUUAUAGCAGCAUUUUUAAAGACACCUAAUGCAGUUCCUUUCUUUGUGAACAGAUUUUCCUCCAAAAAAACGUGCUAUUUUUUUGUAUUAAAAAAUAUAUAUUAUUAUAUUUCCUAUCCUAUUCAACAAUGUAGACAUCGUCUCACAUGCAAGGCCACACAGGUAAGAAGACUUUCCCAUGUGCGACCUGUGGAAAAACUUUCUCUACAAAAGUUAUGCUAACUAUUCACAUGAGGAUUCAUACAGGAGAGAAGCCUUUCACAUGUGUUGCUUGCAGAAAACAUUUCACUCAAAAAAGCAAUUUAGCUACUCAUAUGAGAAUUCACACAGGGGAGAAGCCUUACUUAUGUAGAAUCUGUGGAAGUCAUUUGUCGACCAAAGAUAGUUUAGCUUCUCACAUGAGGAUUCACAAAGGUGAGAAGCCUUUCUCAUGUGAAAUCUGUGGAAAAAGGUUCACCAACAGACAGAGUUUACCUAUUCACAUGAGAACUCACACAGAGGAGAAGCCUUUCUCCUGUAUAACUUGUGGAAAAAGUUUCACUCAAAAAGGUCAUUUGACUGAUUACAUUAAAGGUCACACAGGUGAAAAGCCUUUCACAUGUACCACUUGUGGAAAGAGUUUUAGGGAAAGAAGGGGUUUGACUGCUCAUAUAAGAAGUCACACAGGCGAGAGGCCUUUCUCAUGUGAAAUCUGUGGAAAAAGGUUCACCAACAGAAAGAGUUUACCUAUUCACAUGAGAAUACACAUGUGAGAUGGAAUUAUGUGAACCUCAAAUAUCAAGUUGCUCUUGAAAUCUUUCUGAUUAUAAUAUGGCCACAAAGUAUGUAUAAGGUUGACCAAAUCUUAAUCAGACCUGAGAUGUUUUACUUUUUUAAGUAUCUUCAUUGAUAGCAUCCUUGUUAAAGCUAUUCUAAAUUGUAAAGUUCUUUUUACCUAUUUUUUUG